AUGCUCAUUCUUUUUUCCCUCACCCUCCUCCGCGGAUCCUCAUCCUGCCCAUCCCGCUGUGAUGUCACAAGGUGCCCGAGCCCGGUCUGCCCCAGCGGGUACGUUCCUGAUCGCUGCAACUGCUGCCUCAUCUGUGCCGCAGGGGAAGGAGAGCCCUGUGGCCGGGAAGGGGACCCACCCUCUGGAAAGAGGGGCACCAAGGGGACGUGCCAGUGCAAGCAUGACUACCAGGUGUGUGCCAACGACGGGCAGACCUACGACAACCUGUGCCAACUGAAACUGGCGAGUCGGAGGGCACUGCAGCAAGGGCACCCCCCAGUCGUGCAGGUGCACAAGGGUGCAUGCCAAUCGGGUCACCAACAUCCCAACAGUCCGAGGUACAAAUUUAACUUCAUUGCUGAUGUGGUAGAGAAGAUUGCCCCAGCUGUUGUUCACAUUGAACUCUUCUUGAGACAUCCGCUAUUUGGACGUAACGUACCCUUGUCCAGUGGAUCAGGUUUUAUCAUUUCCGAUUUGGGUUUAAUUGUGACCAAUGCCCAUGUGGUGUCAAGCAGUAACACUGUAUCGGGUAGGCAGUACUUAAAGGUACAGCUGCACAAUGGUGACACCUAUGAAGCAACAAUAAAGGAUAUUGAUAAAAAAUCAGACAUUGCUACAAUCAAGAUUUUUUCAAAAAAAAAGCUCCCAGUCCUAACAUUGGGCCAUUCAGCAGAUCUAAGGCCUGGAGAGUUUGUUGUGGCCAUUGGAAGCCCAUUUGCCUUACAGAACACAGUGACCACAGGAAUAGUAAGCACAGCUCAGAGAGAUGGAAGGGAGCUGGGCUUGAGAGACUCUGAUAUGGAUUAUGUGCAGACUGAUGCCAUCAUUAAUUAUGGAAAUUCUGGGGGUCCUUUAGUAAAUUUGGACGGAGAAGUGAUUGGUAUUAAUACUCUGAAAGUCGCAGCUGGAAUCUCUUUUGCAAUUCCAUCUGACCGCAUCACAAAAUUCAUGACUGAGACACAUGACAAAAAAUUUAAAGACGGGAAAAAGCGUUUCAUCGGGAUAAAGAUGCUGACUAUAACUCCUACACUUGUUGAAGAGCUAAAACUAAACAAUCCAGAUUUUCCUGAUGUUAGCAGUGGAAUAUAUGUCCAUGAAGUGGUGUCCAAUUCACCAGCUCAGAGAGGUGGGAUCAAAGACGGGGACAUCAUUGUGAAGGUGAACGGGGCGACCACUGAUGACAUCUACUGAUUUGCACAACGCUGUAAUGAAUGAAUCACCUUUACUACUUGAAGUUAGAAGAGGGAAUGAUGACCUUCUGUUUAACAUAGAACCUGACGUUUCCAUGUAA